AUGGCAUUUUUACGAGAAUACGACGAACUAGGUCAUAUGAAACUGACCAACACCGUGAAGGAUGAAGACCCCCAUUCGGUAUUUUAUCUUACACAUCAUUAUGUCCUGAAGCCCAGUAGCUCGACAACUAGACUUCGGGUAGUGUUCGAUGGUUCUGCUGAGACUAGUACGGCGGAUGUUCCGAAGAUGUACCGUCAGGUAGCAGUGCAUCAAACGGAUACGCGAUACCAGAAAAUUAUCACUAGGUGUGACAGUAAUCAUCCACUACAAACAUAUGAUUUACAAACAGUAACAUACGGAUUAGCAUGGUCCCCGUUCUUAGCCACCAUGGCACUGCUUCAACUGGCCAAUGACGAAGAGCAACAGUUUCCACUAGCUGCAGCCGCAGUUAAAAAAUGUUUUUUUAUUGAUGAUGUUCUGACAGCAGCGAAUACCUUGGCAGAAACUAUUGAACUAAAGAAUCAGAUAAUCGUUCUACUGGAGAGAGGUUGCUUCAGUAUGCACAAAUUUUGUUCUAAUUCUGAUGCGUUACUGAAAGAUGUACCGGAAUUUAUGCAAGAAGGUAUCAUGCACAUCCAAGAUCCAGCAGUUAAUGCAGUAAUCAAGACUUUGGGUGUAGCCUGGCGUCCACAGGAAGAUUGUUUCACGUUUAUUGUUGCAGAGAAUUCCUGCGUAGAAGGUAGUCUUCUCUCGAAGAGGAUGAUUUUGAGUGAGAUUGCGAAAAUUUUCGAUCCGUUGGGUCUCGUGGGCCAGGUAGUAACAGCAGCAAAGUUAAUUAUGCGCGAACUAUGGACCUUCAACCUAGGCUGGGAUCAACCAGUUCCAACCGAAUUGGCUAAUCUUUGGACAGACUUUCAUAAGCAAUCAAAUCAUCUGAAUGACUUGACCAUACCGAGAUGGAUCCUGUCGGAAAGAACAUAUACUGUGGAGAUCCAUGGAUUUGCAGAUGCCUCGGAUUUGGCAUACGGCGCCUGUUUAUAUAGCAGGCUAGUGAAGACUGAUGGAUCAGCUAGUUUAAGGCUGAUUUGUAGCAAAUCAAGAAUUCUCCCAAGGAAAAAGGAGGGUCAGAAACAGAUUACUACCCCGCGUGCUGAGCUUUUGGCGGCUCAGCUUCUUUCAAGGCUUGCAGUGGCACAGUUGAAUGCCCUCGACGUUAAAUUUGACUCCGUGAGUGCGAGAAAUUCAACAAUUAACAGAGCAGUUCAAUUGGAAGUACAUCCUUUCCAAGUCGACCCAGCUGACUUGAUUUCUAGAGGUGUACAACCAAAGAACCUGUUGACGAAUGAUUUGUGGUGGAAUGGCCCACCGACCCUUCGUUAUGUUGACGGCCAUUUUAAGGAACCAACUUCUAACCCGGAAGAAGAGCUACCAGAGCUUAGAAAUGUUGUGUUGGUGACGAUGCAAAGAUAUCCGAGGAUACAAAUUUUUGAUCGUAUAAGCCGAUACAGUAUCAUUCAGCGCGCUAUGGCGUACGUUGUACGAUUUUAUGACUAUGUCAGAAGUGGUAGGAAAUCGUUGACAAAGGGAUUGCCUACCGCAUUCGAAAUUACACGAGCGACGUCGUUAAUCAUUCGUAUGGUGCAAUAUGAAGCCUUUGAACUAGAAAUUAACACACUGAAAGCAGGAAAGGAGUUUAAAUUCCCAACACGUAAUUCAAACCCCUUUAUUGACGGCGAUGGAAUCCUCCGUGUGGGUGGUCAUUUGAAUAAUGCAGCUAUUCCAUACCAACACAAACAUCAAGCAUUGUUGCCUGAAAAACAUCCAUUAACGAUAACGUUGAUACGAUAUUUACAUGGUAUGAAUCUGCACAUCGGACAGCGAGGCCUUCUGGGUAUUGUUCGUCAAGAGUACUGGCCAAUGAAUGCGAAGAGUGUAAUUCGUAAAAUCUUUCAUCAAUGCGUUCCUUGUUUUCGGACGAAGCCAACAAGAGCUUCUCAACUAAUGGAAAAUUUGCCCGAUUAUCGUGUGCAACCUUCGCCGGUUUUUGCGCAUACUGGUAUAGAUUUCGCAGGUCCCUUUAAGAUUCGAUCAAAUAACAAAAUGAGAAAUGCUGCAACAUUGAAGGGCUAUGUAUGUUUGUUCGUAUGCAUGGCCACACGUGCUAUACAUCUUGAAGCAGUUUCUGAUUUAACAACCGAAGGCUUCAUGGGAGCACUUAAACGUUUCGUAAGCCGCCGUGGACUAGUUAAAAAGUUGUAUUCGGACAACGUCACCAAUUUUGAAGGUGCCAGUAAUGAAAUGAGUCGACUUGCCGCUUUAUUCCGCGAAGAACAACUUCAGCUGAAAAUGAAUAAAUUUUGUGGAGAGAGAGCAAUCGAAUGGACCUUUAUUCCACCACGGAGUCCGCAUUUUGGUGGUAUAUGGGAGGCUGGCGUAGAGUCAGUGAAAUCCCAUCUAAAGCUGGUCAUGGCAGAACAGAAGCUAUCAUUUGAGCAAUUUUCUACAGUGUUGGCGCAAAUAGAAGCAAUCUUGAACUCACGCCCUCUUGUCCCGAUGUCAGAGGAUCCGAAUGACAUCGAUGUCAUUACUCCUGCACACUUCCUAAUUGCGCGUGAGUUUCAAGCAAUUCAAGAACCGUCGUACGAGGAAAUCCCUCUAGGUAGAUUGUCUCAGUGGCAAUUGGUUCAAGAGUUGAAGCAAAGAUUCUGGCGGUUAUGGAGUGAAGAUUAUCUGCAUGAAUUGCAGAAGCGACCAAAGGAUGUGGAGGUCAUCGAAUAUCAGGUAGGAGCCCUGGUCCUCAUAGUGGAUGAAAACACUCCGCCUUUGCAGUGGCAAAUGGCACGUAUUAUCGUGCUGCACCCUGGUAAUGACGGUCACACUCGAGUGGUGAGUCUUCGUACGAAGGAUGGGGUAACGAAACGAGCCGUAAAAAAGAUUUGCCUUCUGCCUUUAAAUAACGACAAGGAUUAUCAGGAUCACUAA